CAACAAGCGUAGUGGACGAUUCCUUUACAUUUAGUGAAAUAAUUAAUAAUUUUUUACUUUGGAUCUACUGAUUUUCUAUAGUAAGAGCAGAUUUAUCUAACCGCACGUUGAAAAUGAAGCUUCUGUUAGUUACCCUUGUUGCGCUUUGCACAGUACAAGGGUAUUUAUCUGAUCUCCAUAAUGUGAAACCAGUUCACAAUGGUGUAAGAGGCACUAGCAGAACAACUCGUUAUUGGGACUGCUGCAAGCCAUCGUGUUCGUGGACUGAGAAUUUGAGAGACAAAUCUGGCGCUCCUGUAAAAUCUUGUACAAAAGACGGAAAAACUCAAGCUGAUCGAAACAUGCAAUCUGCCUGUGGAACCGGCACAGGUUCUUACAUGUGCUCUGACCAGCAACCGCGUAUGGUUAAUUCGACAUUUGCUCUGGGAUACGUAGCAGCUUCGUUCACUGGUGGUAUAGAUACCAAAAUGUGUUGUGCCUGUUUACGUCUUGUUUUUCAGGGUGGUCUUUCAGGCAAACAGAUGGUCGUACAAAUAACCAAUACUGGCGGUGACUUGGGUUCCAAUCAUUUCGACAUCUCCAUGCCGGGUGGUGGUGUGGGAAUAUUUACUAAAGGGUGUUCUUCUCAAUGGGGAUGUCCUAGCACGGGUUGGGGAGACCAAUAUGGUGGUGUAAGAUCCGAACAUGAUUGCGCCAAACUUCCUACCGACCUGCGGGAGGGAUGCAAAUUUCGUUUUCAUUUUAUGCAAGGAGUGUCAAAUCCUGACGUCACUUUCGAACAAGUGGAGUGUCCAUCAGAAAUCGUUUCAAUUACUGGUUGCAAAUAUUAAUUUAUAUAGGAUGUAAGUUUAUGUAGUAUGUUCAUAAAAUAAAUAAAAUAAAAAAACUGUUACACA